AUGAAAACGCACGUGGACAAGUCGGAUCUGCGCGCCCGCUUUGCCGCGGCCAUGUCUGCCAUGUACAAGACAGAAGUUCCUCUAUAUGCCGAUCUGAUCGAAAUCGUCCAAGGCAUCAAUCGUUCGUUAAUUGGUUGCAGCAACUUGGACAGCAGCCUAGAGCGCUUGACAGCCGAGAGACAUGGUGCGAUCCGCCUGGGCACUGCGCAUGAGCUGUAUACGAUCCGGCGCAUCUUCAAACUGCUGGACAUGCACCCAGUCGGCUACUACGAUUUGUCCAUUGCCGGCCUUCCUAUGCACUCGACGGCUUUCCGACCAGUUUCUGUUAAGAGCCUGGAGCAGAACCCAUUUCGCGUCUUCACGACGCUUCUGCGAUCUGAACUCCUCACUUCCGAAAGGGCCCGAAACCUGUCCGAGGCGCUUCUCUCUCGUCGCAACAUCUUCUCAGACGCGCUGUUGCGCAUGCUAGAUACGGCCGAGUCCCAAAACGGCCAUAUCACAGAGGAGCAGGCUGAGGUCUUCGUCACCGAGGCGCUCCGCACUUUUAGUUGGCAGCCUGUUGCUGCUUCCACGGACACGGAAUACCAGAUUCUCAAAGCAGAGCACCCUAUCCUCGCCGACAUUGCGUGCUUGAAGACGGCACACAUCAACCAUCUUACUCCUCGAACGCUAGACAUUUCGCUGGCCCAGAAAGCAAUGGUAUGGCGUGGCAUGAGUGCCAAGGAGCGCAUCGAGGGCCCUCCGCCCAGGUCGUGCCCCAUCUUGCUGCGCCAGACAAGUUUUCUCGCCCUCGAAGAGCAAGUCAGCUUUCACACAUACGCCAAUAUGAGUUUACUGGUGCCCUCGAUGCACACCGCUCGUUUCGGGGAGAUUGAGCAACGUGGAGCGGCCCUCACGCCGGCGGGCAGGGACCUCUACGACACUCUUCUCUCCAAAAGUGCGGCCGGAUCUGCCGGUCUCUCCCCUGUAGAUGCAGACGCGGUCGCAAAACAAGUCUUUGCGGCCUUUCCAGAUACGUGGGAGUCCCUGCGUUCUCGAGGCCUGAUUUACUGCAGAUAUGCGGUUGUCAAAAAGCCCGGGCAAAUUCGAGCGGCCACGGGCGGCCAUGACACACUGCUCGACCAACUGCUCGCAGAGGGCUACGUCGAAGCGGUACCCAUUACAUACGAAGACUUCUUACCCUUUUCCGCUGCGGGCAUCUUCCGCUCCAAUUUGUCCACGUCCAGCUUGGACGAGGAUAUCAGUGACCAGAAGGGUCGACCGGAUCAAGCUGGUCUGGAGGCCGCACUGGGGGCUCCUUUACUCGACAUGUAUGAAUGGUACGAUGGUGUACAAAAAGCUAGUCUAGAGGCUGUUGGCAGAGCACUGAAUAUGAGCAUGUGUGGGCUGACAAUGGCAAUGAACUCGAAAAACAGCGAGCGCUUUGUAGACGAACAGUAA